GCGGCGCGGGGCGGCGAGGUGCUGCCGCCGCCGCCUCCUCCCCUCACCUCAGGCGCUGCCGGCGAGGAGCGGAGCGGGCCGGGCCGGGCCAGCCCGGGCCCGGCCGCCCGCUGCCACCACCGCUACCACCGCCACCAUCACCACCGCCACCAUACCUCCCCUUCCUUCCCGCUGCCGCCGCCCCCCAGCCGCCACCAUGCAGGAGCUCAUCGCCAGCGUGGACCACAUCAAGUUCGACCUGGAACUGGCCGUGGAGCAGCAGCUGGGGGCGCAGCCGUUGCCCUUUCCCGGCAUGGACAAAUCAGGCGCAGCUGUCUGUGAAUUUUUUUUAAAAGCAGCCUGUGGAAAAGGAGGCAUGUGCCCAUUCCGACACAUCAGCGGGGAAAAGACAGUUGUUUGCAAACACUGGCUACGAGGACUGUGCAAAAAGGGAGACCAGUGCGAGUUUCUGCACGAGUAUGACAUGACCAAGAUGCCUGAGUGUUACUUCUACUCCAAAUUUGGGGAAUGCAGUAACAAAGAAUGUCCAUUCUUGCACAUUGACCCGGAGUCUAAGAUCAAAGACUGUCCCUGGUAUGACAGAGGCUUCUGUAAACAUGGUCCCCUCUGCAGACACCGACACACUCGAAGAGUAAUUUGUGUGAAUUACCUAGUAGGAUUCUGUCCAGAGGGGCCUACCUGUAAAUUCAUGCACCCUCGGUUUGAACUGCCAAUGGGAACCACAGAGCAACCACCACUGCCUCAACCGACACAAACACAGCAAAAGAGGACACCCCAAGUCAUUGGAGUCAUGCAGUCUCAAAAUAACAACACUGGGAACAGAGGACCCCGGCCGUUGGAGCAGGUCACCUGCUACAAGUGUGGUGAAAAAGGUCAUUAUGCCAACAGAUGCACCAAAGGACAUCUGGCCUUUCUCAGUGGACAGUGAAAGAGCAAAACGAAGAGUGCAAGGGAGCUAUUAACACUGAGAAAAGGUUUCUGCCUAGCACUAUGUCUUGAACUAUUAAUCAGGUUGUUUUUUAAUGCCAUUACUGAAAGAACUGGUCAGAGGCUGGCUGCUGCUAAGCAACGUUUUUGUAAUUGUCCACAACUUUUUUUUAGGUUUUAACCUUUUUAAAAUUUUGGCCUCCGCCUGUUUUCAUUGAGCCCUUGUGAAAGGUAGAUCUAAAAGCCAAUAGAUGCACAAACCCCUCACCGGUGCAGCAGUCUACGUAAACGCAUCUUACGCCAGUGUUUCUUUAAAGUGUUUUCCUUCUGCCACUUCUCUUUGGAGAACCUGCAGCGUUUCAGCCCUCCCUGUGGAAGCAGGAAGACUGACUGGGAAAGCUAAUGCUUGAAAUGCCUUCCCUUCAGUGAGGAAGCAGGGAUUCUGCUGUCCUGUAGUUCUUAAAAACGGAAGUUGUGUUCCCAGGUCCAGCCUGUUGUAGUCGAUAAGCUUGUCCUGGUGGCUGACUUAACACAUCAUGUACAUCAGGCUGUAAAACUCUCGUCCACUUGCUUUGUUUCUGUGCUUCUUGCUAUACUGAAGGUUAGAAAUUAAUUUUCUGGGUGAGAACCGAUCAAGGGGAGAAUAAAUUGGCAUCUCUGUGGUUAGCCAAACAAUAGGAACAACGAUUGUAGGAAAGCCGCAUCUGUGCUCAUUUUCCAUUUGCAAAAAGCAAGGAGGGAAAUGAACACGGCUUGAAGAGUAGGAAUAGAAGAGCCUUGUCUCAGCCCCCCCAUCGUCCAGCUCACACUGAGCAGGUAUUUCCAUAGCCUAGAGAAGACCAAGAAGUGGAGAUGUGUAUUCUUAGAGAAUACUGCUUUUAAAAGUGGUAGAGCAUUCUUCUGAGAGCAAUUUUUCCAAGCCAAAACCCAUUCAUUUUGUGAGAAGACUAUUUCAAAAGGGCCAAUGAUAAAAUGUGAAUUAAAAAAAAAAAGUGAACUUACAAUGUGAGCCUUAUUGAUUCUAACCCAUCUUUCAUGUGCUGACUGCCUUUAUACUUUGUUUUUAUUGAAAUGUACUGAUGGAA